UUGUAUCUGAGCCCUCGAUAGAAACACAAUGGCCGCCAAGAAGUGGGAUUCCAAUAAGGAGAUCGAAUAUUUCCGCGAAUAUCUGCGUAUUCCAAGUGUUCACCCCAAUCCCGAUUAUGAGCCUUGUGUGGAGUUUUUAAGGUGUCAGGCUAAGGACUUGGAUCUUCCCAUCAAGGUCUUCUAUCCAUUGGAUAAACAAAACCCAGUGGUGGUUCUGACCUGGGAGGGUAUUGAAAAGAAAUGGCCGAGUAUUCUACUGAACUCCCACAUGGAUGUUGUACCCGUAUUCCCCGAAAACUGGACGCAUCCACCAUUUGGGGCGGAUAUCGAUGAGGAAGGUCGCAUUUUUGCCAGAGGAUCACAAGAUAUGAAGUGCGUGGGAAUGCAGUAUCUGGCGGCCAUCAGGGCUUUGAAGGAUAAGGGAUCUAAAUUCAAGCGAACCAUUCACAUUUCCUUCGUGCCAGAUGAGGAACUAGGUGGCCGAAAAGGAAUGCUUCCUUUCGUUAGCUCACAGGAUUUUAAAUCCUUAAACAUUGGAUUUUCCCUGGAUGAGGGAAUUGCUUCGCCCACUUCGGAGUUACCCGUUUUCUAUGCAGAGCGAACAGUCAAACGUGUGAUUUUUAAAAUCAGUGGAUCCGCAGGACAUGGUUUGCUGUUGAUGCCCAAUACGGCGGGCGAGAAAUUAAGCUAUAUAACCAGCAAGAUGAUGGAAUUCCGGGCGGAACAAGUGAAGCGUUUGAAGGAUAACCCAGAGUUACAGAUUGGCGAUGUGACCACCAUUAACUUGACAUCCGUGGAUGGCGGAGUUCAGAGCAAUGUCGUUCCUCCCUUGCUGACCGCCUGUUUCGAUAUUCGAUUGUCCUUGGACACUAAUGUCUCCGAGUUUGAAGCUAAUCUGGCUAAAUGGUGCGAAGAGGCUGGCGGCGAUAUUGAGCUUGAUUUUGGAUUAAUUCGGAGAAAAGAUCACAUUCCACCAACUGUCACGAAUGAUUCAAAUCCCUUUUGGGUUGCCUUCAAGAGCGCCACCGAGGAAUUGGGUCUGUCGACCAAACUUCAGGUGUUUCCUGGUGGCACCGACAGUCGCUACCUUCGCAAUGAGGGCAUUCCAGCUUUGGGUUUCUCGCCAAUGAAUAACACCCCAGUUCUUCUUCAUGAUCACGAUGAGUUUCUCCAUGCGGAGACAUACCUAAAAGGUGUGGAUAUUUACCAGAAAAUCAUUGGCAAUUUAGCCAAUGUUUGAAGUUGAAUUUUUCUUAAUUUUAAUGCAUUUAAUGAAGUAAAAAUGUAAUGUAUUAGCGAAAAUUCAAUGAAAUAAUUAAUAAAUGGAGUGAAUACAGAA